AUGGAAGAGAGAAAAAUAAACCAGGUGAUCAAAUCGGAAAUCUUGAAUUACGGAGAGAACACAUCUGUAAGAGUGAUAUCGAAGUUUACCAGAUCAAAAGAUGCUUUCCUCAAACUGCUGUGGCUCGUUUUGUUGAUGGGCUCAACAUCCUAUAUGAUCCAGAGACUGUAUGUAUUGCUGAGCGAAUAUUACGAAUAUCCUGUUACAACUCAGUACGGAGAGAAUGUUGGUCAGAAUAUAAUAUUCCCAGACAUAACAAUAUGCAAUUUGGAUCCAUUUGCCACGCUCAAACUAGAUGAUCAAAGUUUUAGCGAUUUUUCAAACAAAUUAGACUUUAUUGAAAAAAGAUUUUUUGAAAUCAUGAAAGAUCAAUGGGAUUUGCUGGGGGAACCAUCAGCCAUGAAUCUUAUCGAUGAAGCAUUUGAAGAAAUGGCUUCCAUGUCAAGUUAUUUAUUAAAUUUGAAAAAAGAACAUUUCCAAACUGACGACUGUCCAAAUUUUAUUGUUGAUUGUAGUUUUUUUGGUACUAAUUGGUUUCAAACGAGAGAUUCUUGUUCUAUUGCUAACUUUACGCGGCGUUGGAAUCCGAACUAUUACUCCUGCUACACCAUUGAAACAAAAAAGUUGAUACCGUCUAACUCGAAUAUUAUUAGAGGAAUAAGUUUGCUACUGAAUGUUGGCCCACCCAAUGUCAUUCCAUUAAUUUACAAAUCCUCACUAACAAGCUCUCAAGCGAGAGGAGUGCAGGUGAGUGUGCACAGUCCUGGAACCCCUCCUGACCUCAAGCGUGGGUUCAACGUAGCUCCUGGGACAGGAAAUAUCGUGGAAAUUGUUCAAAAAGAAAGGACACGAUUGAAAGCACCUCACAACAAGUAA